AUGGUGACCGAUGUGGAUCCUCUGGCUUCUUGGAGCCGAUUCUUGAACGAGGACGCGAAGCAUAAGCCGUGUACCCUCUGCCGCGAUGCGCUGCAGACAUCAUUGGACGAUCGAAUAGAAGCAGUUUGGAGGAAGCUCGGGAAGAUAUUCCACGUGGAUUGCUGGCCACCGAAUGACACUGGCAGGAACGGCUCGGACAAUGACGACGGUGCGGAGCCACAAGUGCAGGCCGACAACUAG